UGUCUUCAUUUGUUCCACCUGCCUUGACGACCCAAACAAACAAUGGAGCAUCCAACCCACUACAGACCAUCACAUCUAUAUAUCAACAAACCCUCGGGUUUUUUUUAUCUCGGUCAGCAAAGCAGGCGGCGCCGCUCAGAGUUGCGUCUUCGUUUGAGCAAUUGCAACAUGAGGAGGGUGCUAAGGGAUCGUCUGGGCUACUCUCUCCCCGCUCAACACAGGGCAAUUGCGCGAGUCCAACAACUGUGGAACGAGUGGGAGAUACAAUGCCUGGUGAUAGUGAGCUUCUUGCUGCAGGCGUUCCUCCUCUUCGCCACGGGCUUCCGGAAGCGCCACAGGUCGCGCGUGCUACGUGGGCUGCUGUGGCUCGCCUACCUCUCGGCAGACUCCGUUGCUGUCUUCGUUCUCGGCCGGCUCACCCUCCAGACGGGUGACCCACGCCACCAGCUGACGAUCUUCUGGGCGCCAUUUCUGCUGCUCCAUCUUGGCGGGCAGGAGACUAUCUCGGCUUUCUCCAUGGAGGACAGCGCGCUGUGGAAGCGACAUGUGCUGAACCUGCUGACGCAGUCGACGCUGGCCAUCUACGUCGUGGCCAAGCAGUGGCGAGGCGACCGGCGUCUCCUGCCCCCCAUGCUGCUUAUCUUCGUCUGCGGGAUCGGCAAGUACGCCGAGAGGGCGUGGUAUCUCAGGAGAGCAGGCUCACGGGCACCUGGAAGCAGAUCCAUCGCCGGCCAUGUUACCGGCGCCAGGCGGGAAUUCGAACGUGAAGUGUUCUGGUACUACGACAAGCUGAAUUGUAUUUUUGUGGAGAAUCUUCAGCUACAUUUCGAGCUAGUCUUGGAGCUGGCCACCCGGGGCUUCCAGCUAAGCUUAGAUUUCCUCAUGGACGUGAUCCCUGCGAAAUCCUUGCGCCCUGAAACCGAUUGGAACGAAGGCCUCGUGGCAAGGAUCAAAUCUUCGGAGAAACGAGCUGAUCUGGUAUACAAGUUGGCUGAGGUCCAUCUUUCCCUGAUCUAUGACUACUUGUACACCAAGUUUGGAGGCUUCUCGGGUAUGGUCCUGCUGCAUUGUGUGCUGCUACUGCUUCGGCCAGCCAUGUUUGUCCUAACCUCUAUAGCUGUAUCCUUGUUUGUCGUUGCUCAGGUUGACCAAGAGGCACUACACUGGUCAAGGUCACCUGUGACGGGCCCAAACCCUCACCUUUGACGGUUUUGGGCUUGGUCAGUGAUCAGUGGUCACUGGUAAGUCCAGUCACCUUUGACGGGUGGCCGGCCGUCAGUGGUGACAUCCACCUCUGACGGGCAAGUUAAUAGAAGGCCGUCAGAGGUGUUGGUCUAAGCUAGACUAGGGCUUGUUAGGACCCGUCACAGGUGUCUCAUCUCUGACGAGCCCCUAAAUAAAGGCCCGUCAGAGGUGAUGAUCUCCGGUAUAUAGUAGCCGUCACAGGGUGACCCACCUGUGACGGGCCCGAAAGUAAAAGCCCGUCACAGGUGGGUCACCUGUGACGGUCCGACGUUUGCGAGUCCGUCACAGGUGAGGUUACCUGUGACGGAUGUUUCUUCCGAACCGUCACUGAUGAGUUAAUUCCAGAAAAAAAAUAAAUGCUAAAUAUUGGCUAGCCUCA